AUGUUAAAUGGUAUGUCAGAUCAAUCAUUUUGGAAUUUUAUAUUAUUUGGAUGUUUUAUAUCACCUUCAUCAACAUCGAUAUCGUUAGCUUCGAAUUUCAGUGGAACGUGGCUGAUCGACAGAAAGAUAGAGUUGGGUGAAAGUUUUACUCACAGAUUCAAGUUGGAUGCCGGUGCCAGAUGGAACUAUAAGAUCUUCUAUGACUCACCUUUUGAGUAUGGAUUUCAAUCGAAUCUCACGAUAACCUCGGUGCAACCGGGGACAAUGCUGCAGGUCUAUUUGAAAUCGGACAACAGAACCACCGAGAAACUACAUCAAAUGACACCUAUAAACAGGCAGAUCUGUAAUACCAUCGUAUAUGAUAUCGUUUUCAAUGCUGGUGGUGCUGCUAAUGCUGGUGGUGAUGAUAACUUUGAUGAAUCGGCAGAGAUCAUCAUUACACUGGAUACCAACUUUGCAACACAUUGCAACUACGAUAACGGUACAAUAGUAUAUGCUGGCGAACCAGAAGUUGAAAAAGAUCUUUUACUAGUUUACUUAUUGUUUAGUUAUAGUUUAAAUUUACAAAGUACCAUGGCAAGACUAUUUUCAAUGUCGACAGCUAUGACUGCGAUUCAUUUUCUACUUGCAAUCCUAUUGUUUGCAACAUCUAUAGUUGUAUUCACUCGUACAGAAAUUCAUUUCAAUGGAGUACUUUUACUUCUUGGUAUUUUAAUUUGGGGAAGUAAUGACAGUAAUUAUUUUACAGGAGUGAUGAGCCUGUUGUUUAUGUUAUUUGGAAUUGCCGGAAUUGGACUCGGUGGAUUCUCAGCGUAUGAUCCACCACGUCCAUUGCUCGGACCAGAGGAUUUCGUUCCAUACGGUCAGAAAUCAGUUUCACUCGCUUCACAACAAGAUUCUCUCGAAGAUGGACUUUCAUCUUCAUCGUCAUCUGCUAUCCCACCAAUAGUCAGUCAACAACCAACUUUUUCACUAUAA